GGAGCGGGUCGUGCGCGCUGAGGAGGAGCCGCCGCCGCCGUCGCCGUCGCUGCCGCCGCCGCCACCGCUACCGAGGCCGAGCGGAGCCGUUAGAGCCGCGCCGCCGCCGCCCGCCCGCCCCGGAGCAGCCCCGGGCCCACCCGCCCGCGUCCAGAUUAAAAAUAUAUAUAUAUAUACAAUGUCUAAUGGUUAUGAAGACCACAUGGCCGAAGACUGCAGGGAUGAUAUCGGGAGAACAAAUUUGAUUGUCAACUACCUCCCUCAGAACAUGACCCAGGAUGAGUUACGGAGUCUGUUCAGCAGUAUUGGUGAAGUUGAAUCUGCAAAACUUAUUCGGGAUAAAGUAGCAGGACACAGCCUGGGCUACGGCUUUGUGAACUACGUGACCGCAAAGGACGCAGAGAGAGCGAUAAACACGCUGAACGGCUUGCGGCUCCAGUCAAAAACCAUUAAGGUGUCGUACGCUCGCCCGAGCUCAGAGGUCAUCAAAGAUGCCAAUUUGUACAUCAGCGGGCUCCCGAGGAACAUGACCCAGAAGGACGUGGAGGACAUGUUCUCCCGGUUUGGGCGGAUCAUCAACUCCCGGGUCCUCGUGGAUCAGACCACAGGUUUGUCCAGAGGGGUUGCGUUUAUCCGGUUUGACAAACGGUCGGAAGCAGAAGAGGCAAUUACCAGUUUCAAUGGUCAUAAACCCCCAGGUUCCUCCGAGCCCAUUACAGUGAAGUUUGCAGCCAAUCCCAACCAGAACAAAAACGUGGCACUGCUCUCCCAGCUGUACCACUCGCCAGCUAGACGGUUCGGAGGCCCCGUUCAUCACCAGGCACAGAGAUUCAGGUUCUCCCCUAUGGGUGUAGAUCACAUGAGUGGGCUUUCUGGUGUCAAUGUCCCAGGCAACGCUUCUUCGGGCUGGUGCAUCUUCAUCUACAACCUUGGUCAAGAUGCCGAUGAGGGAAUCCUCUGGCAGAUGUUUGGCCCCUUUGGUGCAGUUACCAAUGUGAAAGUGAUUCGCGACUUCAACACCAACAAGUGCAAAGGCUUUGGUUUUGUGACCAUGACAAACUAUGAAGAAGCGGCCAUGGCCAUAGCAAGUCUGAAUGGCUACCGCCUGGGGGACAAAAUCUUACAGGUUUCCUUCAAAACCAACAAGUCCCACAAAUAACUCGCUCAUGCUUUUUUUUUUUGUACGGAAUAGAUAAUUAAGAGUGAAGAAGUUGAAACUUU